CAAUUUUCCGACAGACUUUUCCAUCAAUCGAAACUUCUUCUCGUUCCAGGCCUCAAAUACCUUCACUCAGCCAGAAUCCUGCACAGGGACAUAAAGCCAGGCAACUUGCUCGUGAACAGCAACUGCGUGCUGAAGAUCUGCGACUUCGGUUUGGCCCGAGUGGAAGAACCGGAUCAGAACAAGCACAUGACUCAGGAAGUGGUGACGCAGUAUUACCGCGCGCCGGAAAUCCUGAUGGGGGCGCGACACUACACAGCAGCUGUGGACGUUUGGAGCGUUGGUUGCAUUUUUGGCGAGCUCCUUCGUCGACGGAUCCUCUUCCAGGCACAGAGUCCCGUGCAACAGCUAGAGCUGAUCACAGAAUUGCUGGGCACGCCGACCCUCGAGGACAUGAGGUUCGCGUGCGAGGGUGCGAGAUCGCACAUGCUGAGGCGCGCGCCGAAACCACCCUCGUUGACGGCCCUCUACACCCUUAGCAGCCAGGCGACGCACGAGGCCGUCCAUUUGCUCUGUCAGAUGCUAGUCUUCGAUCCUGACAAGAGGAUCACCGUGGUGGAUGCACUGGCGCAUCCUUAUCUGGACGAGGGGAGACUGAGAUAUCAUUCGUGCAUGUGCGCGUGUUGUUACACGACCAGCGGCGGCCUCAGACAGUACACGGGGGACUUCGAGCCGGCCACUUCCCAUCCGUUCGACGAUCUCUGGGAACGGAAACUGACCACUGUGCAGCAGGUGAAAGAAAGCCGAUCGCCGACCCAGCGCUCUACGCCGCGUAUACGUACACGUUACUACCACUACCAGUACCGAAUCAGCUAUCUACCACUACUGUCAGCUACUAUCGACUACUACCGCUAUCGUCUACCACUACUACUACUACCGCUACUACCACUACUACUACCACUACUACUACUACUACC